AUGGAUGACGGCAAAACGAUUAGAGAGAUUCUGUAUGGUGCAGCCCUGAGGGACUCAACCACCGCUUGGGAGUUGCGCAAGCUCUACCACGAGCACGUCCAGCGUGAGCAGUCAAAAGUUAUCGACUUCGAUCCAGACUCUAAGAGCGUGUGGUCGGCUAUCAACAGGCGUUACAGCGGGAUGAGUGGUUCAAGGCAGUACGAUAUGGCUUUCGAAGUGCUAGAAUCUGUAACCAGCACCAUCAGAAGCAUCGGUGAUGAGGCGAGUGCUCAGCACACCUCCUUUGGUACCAAACGAUCCGCUCUUGAGACGCUGCGCAAAAUAGGCAAGACGAUUUGCUUGAGUGGCGAUGUCAUCGGCCACGAAGUUCGUAAACAGUUUGGCGCUGAAACGGUAUUGGAGGAUGCGAUGAAUGCUGUAGUUGCCAAGAUGAGCGAGGAAGAAUGUGAGAAGAUGUGUGCCAUACACGAUGGACGGUCGACUUUCUUGCAAAAGAUGGAGGAGCUUCAUCAGCUUGCCGAAGAUUAUUGCAUCUUCGCUGAUCUUGGGGGUGUGCUCGAUGCGCUUGCCGGCGAGGUUAACGAGGAAGAAGAUGAGAACGAGAAUGAGGAAGAGGAGGGCGAGGAGGACGAUGAAGACGAUGAGGACGAUGAAGAACAUGAGCACGAAAGCCCUGCCUCAGAUGUCCCUAGGCACAACAUAUAUGGCAGAGGCCUUGAGUUCGACAAUUCGGAAGAAGAGAUGGAGUGGAUGGAGUGUUACGACUCUUGCGGUGCACCCAAAAACGACGCGAAAAGCCGAUGGGUUUUGGCUAAAUACGAGAGGAAAAGGGCACGGAGAGGAUGA